AUGGGAGAUUAUGAUCUACGUGAUGGGCCGUUGGUGGCGCUGGAGGACCUCGCCAAGCUAGCCAAUCGACCAGCUUGGUAUCCGAGGAGCACGAUGGGCCACCAAUACCUGGCCUAUAUGAGAGACCUCCAUCGCAAAAGCUCCGUGGCGAGCUUUGUCUACUGUCCAGGGCUGAUGUUCGCUUUGGGUGACACUCCGGCUGAGUUGCAACCGCGCAUGCAACAUCUCUACAGAAAGCACCCGGCAUUGGCAGCCAUGCCGUUCGAGUUCGACAGGGUGCCCUUCCACAACCUGCAGGCCCAGCGCCCCAGCUCGCUCCCCAGAGGACCCCUUGCCCUGCUUGCACCGCCACCGAAGCAGAACACCACCAGCACAGAGGGAGCAAGCAGUCUCAGUUGCAGAGGCCCGCAAGCACUGCCACCGAAGCAGAACACCACCAGCGCACCGCCGAAGCAGAACACCACCAGCGCAGAGGGAGCAACCAGUCUCAGUUGCAGAGGCCCGCAAGCACUGCCACCGAAGCAGAACACCACCAGCGCACCGCCGAAGCAGAACACCACCAGCGCAGAGGGAGCAACCAGUCUCAGUGGCAAGGCAGCCACGAAGGGUGCCGCCACCCGUAAAAGCCCAAACGCCUAA